CAGGAGGACCCACCAGAGCCCCCACACAUUAAAGAGGAGUGGAGCCCCAGGCUGGACCAGGAGGACCCACCAGAGCCCCCACACAUUAAGGAGGAACAGGAGGAACUCUGGACCAGUCUUGGGGGAGAACAGCUUCGAGGGCUGGAGGAGGCUGAUAUCACCAAGUUUACAUUAACUCCUGUCCCUGUGAAGAGUGAAGAAGAUGAUGAAGAGAAACCUCAGUCCUCACAGCUUCAUCAAAGACUCACUGAACAGAUGAAAACAGAAGCUGAUGGAGAGGACUGUGGAGGACCAGAACCAGCCAGGAACUCAGAUCCAGCUAGACAUUUAAUUCCAGCUCCUCAUGACAGGAUUUCAAACUCCUCUGAACCGGAGUCUGAUGACAGUUUUGAUUGGGAGGAUAUCAGGAAACAAGCUGAAUGUGCUACAAGUUUGACCACAAGGGACAUUUGCAGGAAAAUAAUGGAAUCCAAACAGGAGAGAAACUAUUUAGUUGCUCAGUCUGUGGUAGAAGAUUCCUCUGGAAGAAGUCCUUAAUGACUCAUAUGGUACUUCAUUCAGAAGGAAAAUGUUUCAGCUGCUCUGUUUGUAAAAAAACGUUUAAAUGCAGGGUAAUGUUUGCGAAGCAUGUGAGAUGUCACACAGCGGAGAAACCCUUCAUUUGUUCCUUCUGUGGUAAAAGAUUCCCACACAACUCAAAAUUGACCCGACACUUAACAGUUCAUACAGGAGAAAAACCUUUCAGCUGCUCAGUUUGUAAAACAAGUUUCGGUAACAGAAGCACUUUGUCCAAACACAUGAGAGUCCACACAGGAGAGAAACCCUUCAGUUGUUCUCUCUGUGGUAGAAGAUUUGCACAAAAGUCAUGCUUGAAACAACACAUGAGAAUCCACACAGGAGAGAAACCCUUUAGUUGUUCUCUCUGUGGUAGAAGAUUCGCACAAAACUCAUCCUUGACCUUACACUUAAGAGUUCAUACUGGAGAAAAACCUUUCACUUGCACAGUUUGUAAAACAAGUUUCCAUGUCAGAGGCCAUUUGUCCAGACACAUGAGAAUCCACACUGGAGAGAAGCUUUCUUAAAAUACCUCACCUUGCUUUUCCCUUCAGUUCUCUUUUCCCUACACUCACAAACAGGGCUGCGCGAAAUAACAAAAAUCUCACAUCUUUAAUGAGAUUUGAAUUUCCAACUGUAUCUCUUAUCAACAUAUACACAUAUAACAUCACAACAACAGCAUGUCUAGGUGAACUGAAAUGUUAGCUGAAUGUCUGUGGGCAAGUCAUGAAACGUUACCUGACGCACACAUCAUGGCUGGAACUGCUAUAAUAGUGUUGUGUGGCUCGUCCAUACAACAGACUUCCCUCUUACGCGUGAGCUUCUCGCUUUUUUUGCAUGGUCCGAGUCCUCCUGUUCAGUAUUACCCAGAGUAAACUCACUCUCCUCCAUGUUUGUUUAUUCUGAAUGCAAAUUUCUUUCCUGCAAUACUGGCAUGUGUGGAAGAACAUAGGAACAAAGUUAUUUUUAAAUUGGAUCUGUUGAGUAAUUUUGUUUCUUUCUAUUACUAUAUGCAUUAGGCUAUGUCUUAUGUUUUAUGCAUUGAGAAACAUACGUUAUGGAAGUUUUCCUGGGUGUUAAAAAUAAACAGAAAAGCAACAUAAAAAUGCCAAAACUUACAAGAUUCAAGUUUGAAGUCGGGAGCUCCAUCUUUGAGCUGUUCGGUCGAAAGGUUUCAUUUGGUUGUAAAGUUACAGCCUUGUGUUGUGUAAUGGUAACUAUUGAACCCUGAGAAUGUGAAAUUGCUUUCUAACUGAAGAGGAAGUGAUGUCUUAACUGAAGACGCGCCUUGAUGAGUGACAGAGAGUUUCAUUUGCAUUGUAUCCCUUGGAAAGCUGCUUGCAAUGUAAAUGUAAAAUUUGAGUAAAGUCCGCUAUUGAGCAGAUUAAGUCUUUGAAAA